AUGAUUAAAAGUGGCAGAUCAAAAAGAAGGAAAACUAGACAAGAAAUAAACUUAUUAGAUACAAUAUAUUCAAACCAUAAAUUGAACAAAUGUGAUUCCAACACUUCUAAAGAAAAAUCACCACUAUUGGAAGAAAAUAGAACUAUUGUAUCGGAAAAUAACAAUUUUAUGGUUGAUAAUGACGUUGUUUUUUCAUCUGAAUCUCUUGAAGUUGAUUCAUUAGUUGUAACACCAGUGGAAAUUAGUUCAAUAUCAUGCACAGAUUUAUCUAAAAAUUGUUCACUACCAAUACCAAUUUCUGAUAUUUUGUCUGGAUGGGCUGUAAAGUAUAAUAUUUCGCACAAUGCAGUAAAUGGAUUAUUAAAAGGCUUAAAAACACAUAAAUGUUUUAGUAAACUCCCAGCUGAUAGCCGUACACUGAUAAAAAUUCCAUAUAAUACUUCUAAAGAAAUUCGUACAGUUGAACAUGGAAUUUACCAUCAUUUUGGCUUAGCUAAUGGUAUUUUGAAACAUGCCCCUCUAAAUAGUGAUAACAUUCAAGUGGUCAUAGGUAUUGACGGAUUACCACUGUCUAAAAGUGGUAAUAAUCAGUUUUGGCCGAUACUAGCAUUUAAUUUAGUCGAACCUCCAUUAGCUAAAGUUGUUUAUCUAGUAGGACUUUACUAUGGCAAAGAGAAACCCUACAAUAGUAAUAAUUAUCUUUUAGAUUUUGUAAAAGAAGCUAAGGAUCUUACCUCAAAUGGAAUUUUAAUAAAUAAUAUUAGAAUCAAUGUUUCAAUUCAUGUGCUUUGCUGUGACGCACCAGCAAAAUCUUUUGUCUUAAAAGUCAAAGGCCAUAGCGGAUUUUCUUCUUGUACAAGAUGUAAAAUAGAAGGUGAAUAUAUGAACAAUCGAGUUUGUUUUCCAUAUACACAAAUUAAAUCAACCACGAGGAGUCACCAAGGUUAUGUUAAUCUUGCAGAUGAAGAUUAUCAUGUUGGCAAUGAAAUAUCAAAUCUUGCUGAGUUGCCAAAUUUUAAUUCUGUAUCAUCUUUUUCUCUGGAUUAUAUGCAUCUUGUUUGUUUGGGCGUUAUGAAAAAAAUGUUGAUGCUGUGGGUGAACAAAGGUCAAGUUAAUGUUCGUAUUCGAUCUACCAAAAUUAAUGAGUUAUCUAAAUCUUUAUUAAACAUUAAUGUGGUCAUUACAUCUGACUUUGUCAGAAAAUGUAGAUCUAUGCAAGAAUUAAGUCGUUGGAAAGCCACCGAGUUCCGUUUAUUCUUGUUGUAUAUUGGACCAAUUGUUUUGAAAAAUAUUAUUAAUGAAGAGUGUUAUACAAAUUUUAUGACAUUGAAUAUUUCAAUGAUAAUCCUUUUAAGCUCUAAUUAUAGUUUCCUUCUCAGCUAUGCACGACAACUGUUAGAUUUCUUUGUUAUGAGUUUCCAGAAUAUUUAUGGUACACAGUUUGUAUCCCACAAUGUUCAUGGCUUGCUACAUAUAUGCGACGACUAUGAACUAUAUGGUCCUCUUCAUAACUGUUCUGCGUUUAUCUUCGAAAAUUAUAUGAAAGAAUUGAAAUCAUUUGUAAAGAAACACGAAAAGCCGCUACAGCAAGUAAUUAAUAGAUAUAAUGAAAAAUGUCAUGCCAACACAUUAAAUGAAAAUAAUUCAAGAACGAAUAAGCAACAAUUUAUCCAGAAACCUGAAUUAAAACAUAUGCAUACCAAUGGACCAUUAGUUAAGAAUGUUACUGGUUCACAGUAUUAUACAUUAUUAUUUAAAAAUAUUAAAAUUAAAAUAAAACAGGAAAGAGAUAGUUUUAUUCUUACAAAGAAUAAGGAAGUUGUAAAAUGCUUAAACUUUUGUCAAAGAGGUGAUGAUAUUUUACUAAUAGGAUGUAGAUUCAAAAUUAUAAAACCAUUUUAUGAGGAACCUAUGGACUCAACAAUAUUAAAAAUAUUCGAAGUUCAGAAUCUUUCAUCACUAAUAAAAUGUUGGCCCAUGUUGGAUUUUAAAAAAAAAAUGAUGGUAUUAAAUCAUAAUAACAUGAAUAUAGCUAUGCCUAUUAUUCAUUCAUAA